AUGCUCUCCGCCCGCCCCGUCGACCCCGUCCCCGUCGCCCUCCCAGUUUCCCCCGCCCUCGACGCCUCCAACUCACCCGGGCUCCGUCACUCCCCAUCCACACACUCCAGACUCUCAUCCCCCAAAACCGACCAUCCACCCUCUCCAUCUCCCUGGAACGCUCAGCCCGUCGAUCCACCCGCCAUUUCAGUACAGGCGGCCACACCCUCUCCGCGUCCGCCAGCACCGCAUACACCCGCGCGACGUUCUCCGGAUAUGCUUUCCACAGAUAGCCUAAAGCAGGUCCAGACUCCAUCCCCAUCGAGCCGCCCAGCUCCGCUGAUCUCGACAGAAUUGCCUCCCAAGCAGUCCCAUUCUCCUCCUUCCGCCAUGUCGGACUGUCCUUCGACCGACCCACUACCACCCAUCUCGCCGUCUGCACCUCGCUUUCCAUCCUUCCAGCGCAAGAGUAGUCAGCAGCUCCGACAACCAAUGACUCCGAGCACUCCGAGCACCGCAGCAUCAUCCCCACACCGCCUUUCUCCUGACCCGGAAUUGGCUCCAUCUACUCUACAGACUGCCAUUCACCCUCACAACACUCCCCCGUCUAGCUCGGGCACCGUCAAGAAUGGAAAGCAUCAUCCGGGCCCCCUCCACGACCUGCGGCGAUUCCUCAAUAACCAUAUACCUCAUUCGCUUUCCCAGCCACCAAGUGCCUCGUCAGGCCACUCGUCUGCUCUCGCUACUCCGGCCGAGCCGCACCAGCUCCCCGUCGAUCACCGACGCGCCGUCAACUUUGAUCAGUCGGCAUUACUCCAUGUACCUCCUGCGGUCGCGACAUCCGGCACGUCUGCAACGGAGCCCACGCCUACCAGCGCGUUGCUUCCCUCUGAUAUUGAAGGGAAACACAGGACCGACCGUCGCUUUUCGACUUUUUUGCGCGGCCAUAAGGACAAGAAGGACAAGAAUGACGAGAGUAGGAAGAAGGUGAGGGUGAAAGAUGAGAAAGAGUCUAAGCAUAUGGGUGAGAAGCACGCUGUAAAGACACCAUCCACCGGCGCGUCCUCGGUUGCUGCGACCAGCAUCAAGGUGUCGACGCGCUCGCCGCCGCGCACCAUUAAUUCGCAGUCCAGCACACAGGCCUCGGGCUCUAGUUCUGGCUCUGGUUCAGCUGGCUCUGCGUCUGGUUCGUCGUCGAAGCAUCCCGCCACCACCAAUACGAAUGGGGCCCCUAGCACCACUGCUCAUAGUGCCGCUGCCCGUAGCACCGCUGGCCUCAGCACCGCUGCCCUUAGCACCGCUGUUCACACACCAGUUCAUCUGAAUGGCAUCCCCUCUCUGUCAUCUGCGACACACGCGCAUCUGUCUAAGAAGUACGGGAAGUGGGGCCGCGUACUUGGGUCAGGUGCGGGUGGCACUGUGCGUUUGAUCAAGGCGUCGACCAAGAAUGGCGGAACGACGUAUGCUGUGAAGGAGUUUCGUCCAAAGCGCCACGGGGAGUCCGAGCGCGAGUACCAGAAGAAGGUUACAGCCGAGUUCUGCGUGGGCAGCACGUUAAAGCACCCCAACAUCAUUGACACGGUCGAUAUCGUCACUGAUCAUGGGCAUUAUUAUGAAGUGAUGGAGUAUGCGCCGUACGAUCUCUUUAGCGUGGUGAUGUCUGGGCAUAUGACGCGCCCGGAGAUAUACUGCGUUUUCCGCCAGAUUUGCGACGGUGUCGAGUAUCUGCACUCGCUAGGGCUCGCGCACCGUGACCUGAAGCUCGACAACUGUGUUAUGACUACACAGAACGUCGUGAAGUUAAUCGACUUCGGCACAGCGACAGUCUUCCAUUACCCUGGCAAGAAGACGACGCUCGCAUCAGGUAUCGUUGGGUCAGAUCCCUACCUUGCGCCUGAGGUGCUGAGUCAGGAUGAGUAUGACCCACGCAAGACCGAUGUGUGGAGUCUCGCCAUCAUCUUCAUGUGCAUGGUGCUGCGCCGGUUCCCGUGGAAGAUCCCAGAUUCCAAAUCAGACCCCAGCUUCCGUUCGUUCGUUACUGCCCACCCUGACCUUUCCAAGAAGCCAGAGACUCAAGCCAUCGAGGACACACAGGACAAGGACACGCUCGCUCUCCCUACGCCCACUCCAGGGCCAGCCUCCCGUGGCUCGACCGCGCCGAACUCCGCCGCCCCGUCCUUUAUCGAGCCCGACCUUUCUCCCUGUAGCUCCGCCGGCAGCUCUCCCGACGACUCCGCGCUGGGCAAGCCCCAUGUGCGCUCGGGCGUGCUCUCGCGCUCGACCGCGACGCUCCCGACGAUGCUCAGUCUCGGGAUGACCCCGCACGCCCCUCCCGAGGGCGAGGACAUGGACCCUUCCGUGCGCACGUUCGCGCGCCCCGGCACGUCGACGGAGUCACUUCCCGACCAGGCGUCGCCCAUGUUCUUCCGCGGACACGCGCACAGUCCCCUCCACGAGAGUCUCCCUGAGGCGUCGCCUCUCCGUUCUCCGCGCGUCCGUGCGACUACCCUCAGUGGCCUGGCCAUGACUCCCUUGAGGGACCCCUUUCCUGCGACUGUCGCUGCGACGGAUGAACCGCAAGCAGUCGGGCGGGAGGCCGUUCCGGAAAAGCAUGUCAUUGUCCCGGAGAAGCAUGUCAUUGUGCCGGAGAAGCACAACAUCGCUCUGGGAAGGUAUGACAGCAUGCGGGACAAGCACGACGGCUUGAGGGAUAAGCACGACGGCCUGAGGGGAAAGCAUGACGGUGUUAAGGAGAAGGAACACGGUACGGAUGACAUCAGGCGCACGGCGCUCGCCAAGGCCGCGCACGUCCAGGAGGCCGUCACCGUCGCACACCAUUCUGAGCCGGAGACAUCUCGGUCUGCGGACAAGAAGGAGGAGAAGAAGCCGUCGACGAGCCCGACCAGCAAAGCCAUGAACGGCGACAGCUCUCGCCGCCAGCGUCAGCGUGUAGACAGCCGCGCAUCUGUCGCCACGUUCCACACUGGUGGCGCAGAGUCGAUCUUCCGCCUUCUCCCUCGCGAAUCGCGCUCUGCGAUCCGCCGUAUGAUGUUUGUCGAGCCUAGCGCGCGCUGCACGCUCACUGAUCUCCUGUACGGUCGCGGCCGUUCGAAUGAUCUCCUUUGUGGCUGCAACUCGCACGACAAGGACAGCCCGCGCUGUGCAGACCACGUCCACGAGCCUCAGGAUGAGGACGCUGGGGACGAGUGGCUGACGGGCAUUGUUGCGUGCUCGGUGGAGGGCGUUAAGCCCACCCACACCCACAUCAAAGUCCCCAUGGACGAUAAGCAGAAGAACCGGCGAUUUUUCUAG